AUGAACAAGCUUGCGCCAAGCCCAGCCCGCAACUUAUCUGCCAGACCUCCAAUGGACCCUCCGUCGCCAAUCAUCCAACAACGUGCUCGUCAGACCGCCUCGCAACGGCCCAACCAAGACAUCAACCCAAGUUACCCAACACAUCGCCCACGCCUUACCUUUACUUGCUUUCGCUCUCGUCUUGAAAAGACAGCCGCUCAAAUUUGUUCAAAUCUAUGCACUGAAAUGUCCUGCCUUGGCUAUGAGCAAAGCCCGGCCACGCCAUGCGUGCACUUACAUGGCAAAUAG